AUGGUGGCUAACGUACAAGAACUUUCGAAGAUCGAAGUUGCAGAGGAGAAAGAAGAAUGCAUCAAUGAGAAAUGUAAUUAUAGAUUCAUGGAGAAUAAUGUUGAGAAUAAUGUUGAUAUCGAAAGUGAAGGAGGAGAGAAGUUGGAGACAAAUGGAUCGAUUUUUGAGGAUAGGGAUAUGAUACGAGAGCCAUUGCUUUUGAAGAGCAGAGUCAAUACGACGUCGCAGAUUGCCAUCGUUGGUGCUAACGUUUGUCCAAUCGAGUCUCUUGAUUACGAGAUUGUGGAAAAUGAUCUGUUUAAGCAAGAUUGGAGAUCCAGGAAGAAGGUGCAGAUAUUUCAAUAUGUUGUGUUGAAGUGGACGCUUGUACUUCUUAUAGGAAUUGCUACAGGGCUUGUUGCCUUUUUCAAUAACAUUGCAGUUGAGAACAUUGCUGGUUUCAAGCUUCUUCUCACUGGCAAUCUUAUGCUUAAGCAAAAUUAUUAUCAGGCAUUUGCUGCAUUAGCUGGUUGUAACGUGGUGCUUGCAACUUGUGCUGGUGUUCUUUGUGCCUAUGUUGCCCCUGCAGCAGCUGGUUCUGGUAUACCUGAGGUUAAAGCUUAUCUCAAUGGUGUUGAUGCCCAUUCUAUUCUUGCUCCAAGCACCCUCUUUGUAAAGAUAUUUGGAUCAAUCUUUGGAGUUGCUGCUGGAUUUGUUGUGGGGAAAGAAGGGCCCAUGGUUCACACCGGGGCUUGCAUAGCCAACUUAUUAGGUCAAGGAGGUUCACGAAAGUACCAUUUAACAUGGAAAUGGCUUAGAUACUUCAAAAAUGAUAGAGACCGAAGGGAUUUAAUCACCUGUGGUGCUGCUGCGGGUGUAGCCGCUGCUUUUCGGGCCCCAGUUGGCGGUGUCCUCUUUGCCCUUGAAGAAGCCGCCUCAUGGUGGAGGAGUGCUCUUCUAUGGAGAACUUUUUUCACUACUGCUGUAGUAGCUGUGGUUUUGAAGUCUUUAAUAGAAUACUGUAAAAACGAAGAAUGUGGAUUAUUCGGUGAUGGAGGUCUCAUCAUGUUCAAUAUCAAUAAUUCGGUUCCUGCUUACAACACUAUUGAUCUUUUAGCCAUUAUUCUACUUGGAGUCAUCGGGGGCAUUUUCGGAAGUAUCUACAACUAUCUGGUCGACAAGGUCUUGCGUACUUAUAGCAUCAUCAACGAGAAAGGUUCGGCUUUCAGGGUGCUUUUGGUAAUUAUCAUUUCAAUUUUGACUUCUUGUUGUGCAUUUGGUAUCCCAUGGCUUGCAAAAUGCAUCCCGUGUCCCCCUAAUGUAGGCGAAGAAUGUCCGACAAAAGGACGAACCGGAAGCUACAAAAGCUUCCAAUGUCCCGCGGGUCACUACAAUGAUCUCGCUUCACUUCUACUCACAACAAACGAUGAUGCGAUUCGUAAUCUCUUUAGUUCUCUUAAUACAAACGAAUUCCGCCUCACAAGCCUUCUACUCUUCUUCGUUGCAAUGUACUUCCUCGGAAUCAUAACCUACGGAAUCGCGAUUCCGUCCGGUCUCUUCAUUCCGGUCAUCCUCGCCGGAGCUUCAUACGGCCGCCUCGUCGGCCGCCUCCUCUCCCCCAUCGCGAACCUCGACGUCGGCCUCUUCGCUCUGCUCGGUGCCGCCUCGUUCCUAGGCGGGACCAUGAGAAUGACUGUCUCGUUAUGCGUGAUCCUUCUAGAACUCACCAACAAUCUGCUAAUGCUUCCGUUAAUGAUGCUUGUACUUCUCAUUUCAAAAACCGUAGCCGACUGUUUCAACAAAGGCGUAUACGACCAAAUCGUGAUAAUGAAAGGGCUACCGUUUCUCGAAGCGCACGCGGAACCCUACAUGCGGCAUUUAGUCGCCGGAGACGUCGUUUCCGGGCCGUUAAUCACGUUUUCCGGGGUCGAAAAGGUUGAAAACGUAGUCCAUUCGUUAAGGAUGACGUCGCAUAACGGUUUUCCGGUGAUCGAUGAGCCACCGUUGACCGAUGCACCGGAGUUGUGUGGGCUUGUGUUGCGGUCUCAUUUGCUUGUUUUGCUUAGCGGGAAGUUGUUUACGAAACAUAGGCGGUUGAGUGGGGCCGAGACGUUGAAAAGGUAUCAUGCGUAUGAUUUUGCAAAAGCGGGGUCCGGGAAAGGGCUUAAGCUUGAGGAUUUGGAGAUUAGUCCGGAAGAAAUGGAGAUGUAUGUUGAUUUGCAUCCGAUUACAAAUACAUCUCCGUAUACGGUUGUGGAGACUAUGUCUUUGGCUAAAGCUGCGGUUGCUUUUAGAGAACUCGGACUUCGACAUUUGUGUGUAGUGCCAAAAACUCCCGGGAGGCCACCGAUAGUUGGUAUCUUGACACGACAUGAUUUCAUGCCGGAGCACAUUUUGGGACUCUACCCGCACAUCGACCCACACAAAUAGAUGAAAAGGGCAAUAUAGUCAAAUCAUGAGCUACCCUACCACCAUACAAAGGUGAUAUCGUGGAUUAUGAAUUUCAGCUAAUGCUGAGGUUAAAUAUGUAUUUAUGGUCCGAGGAUGUUGUGAUUCUUUAGUGACGUGCAAAAAUAAGCAUAUUUGGCAGUUUCUUUAUUUGUUCGUUUGUAUUUUAUUUUCUUUUGUGAAAGUGUUUUUGAGGGAGGAAAGGAAAGGAGAAGUGUAGAGUAUUCUUUGAGGUUGUAUUUGCUGUAAUAUUAUGAAAUGAACAGAAACUUGAUCUUAUUCAUAUGUUAAUAUGUUAUGCAAAGU